AUGCCCCGCCUGCCGCCGUCUCUACUCCGGCGCGCCCACCGCACCUCGCCCCAUCUCGCCGCACUGCUCCCCGUGUGUAGGGACCUAGGCUCGGCGCGCAACGAGCUGCGAUGGCUUCGCGAGUAUGUGGUUAAAAAGUUUUCAUUACCUACCCCAACCCAUAAAACCCAAGUCGGCAGGAAACCAGGAGCGCUAGAGCAAGACUUAUUGCUAGGACACUUGUGUCGGAAGAGAGGCGCGGGUGUCCCGCUUCAGUAUAUCCUAGGCACGCAGCCGUUCGGCGAUUUGGAGAUUAAAUGCCGGCCCGGCGUGCUGAUACCUCGGCCUGAGACUGAGGCUUGGGUUCUGCGGGUUGCGGAUAUUGUGCGUGGGGAUGUUGAAAGGGGGAAGGGGUUGAGGGUUCUGGAUCUGUGUACGGGGUCCGGGUGUAUUGCGCUGUUGAUGUACUCGCUUCUGCGACGGCGGUUCCCUGGAUUGAGUGUUCGGGGAGUUGAUGUUGAGACGAGGGCUCUUGCGCUUUCGAGGGAGAAUUUGGCGUAUAAUACGCGCCUUGGAUUACUGCCGAAUGUAGGGGAGGGUGUCGGGUUUGAGAGAGCGGAUAUCUUCUCUGCGGAGUGGCUGUCGUCGCUCCUUGAGCGGUAUGAACUCGGGAAAGGAGUAGGCGCGGUGGAUAUACUGGUUUCUAAUCCGCCGUAUAUUUCUACCCGGGGAUUCAACCACGACACAGAGCGUUCGGUGCGCAAGUACGAGCCUAAGCUCGCUUUGGUGCCUGCUCCAUCAGCAAACGCCGUAUUAUAUCCCGAAUGCCAGCCAGAAGACAUCUUCUACGCUAGAAUACUAGACGUCGCCAAGGCUCUCCGGUCGCGAUUCAUCGCCCUCGAGGUUGGCGACUUGGCGCAAGGACUUCGCGUGGUGCAGAUGGCGCGGACUCGGUUCGAGAGCGCUGAAAUCGAAAUCUGGAGAGAUUGGCCCGAUAUGAGCGCAAAUGAUGACGAGCCGGAGAACGCUAAGGUCGACGGCGUUGAGGUUCUCAUUAGGGGUAGUGGGCAUGGCAGAGCUGUGUUUAUUCGCCGCUCCGUUUAA